CGUGUGCAAUCUACCGGAGCGCCAGCGGUAGGGAAGGGAGUCCUAAUGGCGGAGAAUGUGCGGUCCCCCUUUGACUACCGGGAGCCCCCGACUCUCGACAGCGACGGGGAUGGAAGCAAGCCGCCGCCUCCGCCUCGAGGGCGUGUGUGUGGGAGAAAGAGGAAGGGGACACCCGUGAAGGUGUGCGACCGUGCAUACGUGACAGAAGAUGAGGAGGAGGAGAGCAUGUCGGAGCACAGCUACAGUCCUGGUGAUGGACAGUACCCAGAGGGUGCAGAAGAUCGCCUACCCCCACCUGACAGCCCCUACUACCUCCCUGAUCCCACUCAGCUCUGCGUGCCAGAGCUGGGGGACGAGGGGGCGAGCAGCGUUCGGGGGCCCGUGCUUUUCCACCCGCCUCCCAACUGCCGGAUACGAGAGGUCCACUGCGGGACUCAGGUGCGCCUGGUCGUCAUAGCAAUCCGAGACAUCGCAAAAGGGGAGGAGAUCACAGUGGACUACAGCCUCACAGAAUGGGGGGAGAAUGCAUUGGAAGAUGAGGGUGGCCCCCACCCGCUUUCCCUCUCUGUGUCUGAUUACCUCACCCCUUCCUGGUCGUUGUCACCCUCAUCCUCCCCACUGACCCACUCGGAGCCCAGUGACUCAGACCGCGAAGAAGACGAAGAGGAGGAGGACGAUGACGACGACGACGACGAUGAGGAAGAGGACAUUGAGGAGAUGCGGGGGCGGAUACUGCGCCGUCGGAAGAAACGCAAGAUCCCCACAGCGGUGGACUCCAAAAAGAAGAGCGGGCCCUCUCCCCCCAGGGGGCCGGUUCGCCCCUGCUCCUCCUUUACCCACCCGGCGUCUGUGGCGCCCCCAGCUGGAUCCCAGCCCCCCCUCAACAGCCUCGCGCCCCCCACCACAAAUAUCAACAACAACAUCAGCAUAAACAUCGGCAGCUCCAGCGGAGCGGCGGUGAGCCGGCGCCAGCACUGCCCGUACUGCGGGCGCCACUAUCGCUCUCUAGCACGACACCUGGAGAAGUACCACGCCAACCAGCCAGAGGUCCGGACCGCCAUGGAGCUGGCACACCUGCACUCGCACAGCUCCUCCUCCUCGAACGGCGGCGUCCCCCACUCCCUAUCGUCCACGGCCUCCGUGUCCCACAGCCACUCCUUCGCCGUGCCGCAUCCAUCGCCCUCCAACGCCGCUCCUCCCUCCCUGUUCCAGAGGGAGCGGGAGUCGCCGGCUUCCCGUUUGGGUCCUGGGAACGUUUCCUUCUCCCUGUCACUUUCCCCGCCCACCUCAGCUCAUCCCACCGCCCCUAAGAAAGGCUGUAGCUUACCUCCACCUGCUGUCAAACUAUCCACACCCUCCAUGGUGUCCCGCGUCAAGAGUCCGUCUCCUCCUCCUCCUUCAGCCUCUACUCCCAGAAGGGGCCGGAGGUUGAAGAGGGAACACGAGGAGCAGCAGCAGGUGGAUGUGGACAGUAGGAAUCAAGAGGAGCUGCGUCCACCUCCAACGCCAGAGCCGGACGUGGAUCCAGACGAGGAUCUGGAGUUGAGCGGCGAAGGGGAAGACGAUGCACCAGAGAAGAAUGGAGAACUCGUGAGCCCCCACAGGCAACACGUGAGUCCUCUCCUGUCGUCCUUGUCCUGUUUGGUCCACCAUCUCCGUCACCAGCAGCACUCCUCUUUCCUCUCCCUAACCCGUUCUCCUCACUCUGCUGAGGCUUGGCGUCUGCUCUGCCACGCCAGCCUCUCCCUGCUCAUCCUCUACAACCGGCACCGGGAGUGUGAGGUGGCUAAGCUUUCCAUCCAGGACUACCGGAACCGGAUCAGCCCUCAGUCCAGCUCCAGUGCCGCCUCUCCCUCCAGCAUGGAGGCUCUCCUGUCGCCUUUUGAGCGUCAGGUCCUGUGUCACCUCCCCCGAGCGGGUGUCUUGGGCAAACGCGGUCGCGUCCAGCCUCUCAUUCUCCCUCCACACUGUGAAUCCUGCAUAGAACUGCUGCUGCGGACCAGCCCCAACGUGGGCGUGGACCCCGAAAGCCCCUACGUCUUCUCCCGGCCCUACCACUCCCCCGCCACCCCCCUCCGAGGCACAGACCUGCUGAGAAACCUGGCCCGAGCCAGCGGAGCCAAAAACCCCGGAGUGAUAACAGGAACGCGCGUGCGGCGGCAGGUCGCCAUCCUCACCCAGCUGCUGCUGCUGGAGGAGGGCGACAGCCAGAGCGGCGCCGUCAAACGCCUGGAGGACUUCCUGGAGCGGGAGUUCCACGUGACGCAGAGCUGCUCGGCCAUCACGCGGGACCCGGCGCUGAUGGGCCGAGUGGGUCGCGUGGUUCUUUACGGAGAGAGGGAGGGGGUGCUGUUCAGGGGGAUGAGUUUACAAGACAUCUGCCUGGAGUUAGACGUCAUGUCCGGCAACUCGGCAGAUUCCUUUUCUGAAGAUUCUGAGGGGGAGGAGGAUAAAGAGGAAGUCAAAGUGAAAACGGAAGUUUUGGAGAAGAAAAAAGGACCAGGGCGACCUCCACGGAAGAAAAAACCGCCCAAUCCUCCACCUACUGCCAGCCCGCCUGUACCUGUAGCUAACGCCAACAAGAGGAGAUGCACGCCGCCCAAAUCAGGAAAGCGGGGGGUGCUGAAGCGUCCGUGGUCAGAGGCGGAGCGCGUGGCGGUAGAGACUCACCUAAAGAGAAACCUCCUGGAGCUGCGCGUCCCCGCCAAAGCGGACUGUGAACGCUGCUUGGAACUGUGCCCCCUGCUGGUUAGCAACCAAAGGGACUGGCGAGCCAUCAAGUUUUAUGUGCACAACCGCAUCCAGCUGCUGAAGAAGCAGGGGCGGAGAGAAAGCGCCGCCGCCGCCGUCAACUAGACGUGGUAACCACCAGCAGUCCCAGGGAAGAGAAGAAAAACUGGUUUGGAGGAUGAAGUCUUCAGCGUUUCUGUCCUGAAAAGUAUCUGUGUGGAGAAAAUUCAGUCUGUUUUUAGGGCCUCCUCACAUAACAAAGUACGGUUUGUUUGACUACUGUGAUUUCUUUUUUUAAACCGAAACAUAAGACACAGGACAGGAAGACUGCAGAGCAGCUCUGGAGUCUUGUGUUAUGGAUUUGAUUAGUCCUAAAAUUAGCCAGAACCAUUGACUGUAUAUGAGAACUGGAGCAAGCAAAGCUACAAGCACACCGAGCACGUGAUGCACGAUCAGGAACGCACUGAACGCUUCACCAACUGCAAUUAUUUAUUUCUCCUCCAUGUUCAAUUUUUCAAGCAGGUACGUCCUAUUUUGGUAAAAACCUGGGGGAGGGGGGAGGGGCACUCAGUCCAGUUCUCAUGUAAAUUAACUGGCCUCAACCCAGACAUGUGCAGACCAGCCAUGGAUGCCAAUGCAACACAUGCUUUCAGCUCAAGGAGCUUGAUUUCUCCAUGAAAGUUGCAUCCUGGGAACAUGAGCGCUAACAAGCCCUCCUUUCCAUUGACCAGCUGAUUUCUGAAGAAGAGCCUGCUGUAUUUGAGGAUAGAAUAUUGGCAUCCACACUGCAUGUAGUACAGGAAGGUCACAGCCGUGCUCUUAAAGAUCCUUUUGGAACCUUUUUCUGGGAAUUCGGAGGCGGUGACGGUCUUCUAUUUUGCUGCGGUGAUGUUCACUUGUAGCUGUUGGAGGACGGCUGCAGACCAAAGCCGACUGACUCACAUGAACCUGUACAGUUCUGCUUCACACUGACUUUCUGCUCCCAGCUGAGUGUGGUUGGAAGUCUUCAGACCACGAUGCACCUGUUCAGUGUUUCUCGCAUACCUCUGUACCAUGAUCAUAGAUUAGUGUUGAGGCACGGCUACUUGAAUUUCCUUCUCCCAUAGGUUUGUUUUGUUUGGAAAAUAUUGUAUUUCUGAAUCAACAUAUGGUAUUAUUGACUGUAAAUACCGAUGAAAGUAUGCAGCAGUGAUUACAAAGUCAGUAAUGUGUCAUGAUGUACAUAUUGUAAAUACUACUUGUACUUAAUAAAGUGUAUGACAUUUUGUUGUGUUUUUCCAA